ACAGACACAGAAGAACUACAAAAACAAAUAAAAUACAUUUUUAAAAUCUGUAGCCUCACAAAGCUAAAAUAAAUAUUCUGCUAAAAUGUUUAAUCAGGAUCCAUAAUAUGUUUAAGUCACCACUCUGAAAUAAAAAUGUCUAAAGUAUAGGAAUGAUGUAAACAGUAGAAGACUCUCAUGCAGCAAGUGAAUACAAAUAUGUAGCACCUCCCUUGCUGUUUAGAGCUGAAACUGAGAGCAUUGAUCCUUAUAGCUGCUGAUAGGUUUUUAGUGCAGGGAGUUCACAUAAAGAGAACAACUCCCCAACUAUAAGAGAGCCUGUAUGGGAGGACUUACAGGUAGGAGCAGCAGCAGCAGCACAUCCAUUUGUUCCUGAAAGGAAGCACAUUUUGAGAAUUAAUUCUACAUAGAAAAAUGCCUGAAGGUUACCUAAACCUAAACGAGACAUUAUCAUCUGUUACAAAAAACACUGCUCAUCUCAGAUUCUCAAAUGGCAGCGAUGCUUUGUACCAGGAAGAAAGUGCAGAUUUAUCCCCGAGGCUAGAAGUAUUGGCAACAAUUUCUAUCACAUAUGCUGUGAUCAUUUCAGUCGGUCUCCUUGGGAACACCAUACUUAUUAAAGUAUUUUUUAAAGUCAAAUCCAUGCAAACAGUGCCCAAUAUUUUUAUUACCAGCCUUGCUUUUGGGGACCUGCUUCUUUUGCUGACAUGCGUUCCAGUGGACGCCUCUCGUUACAUGGUGGACACAUGGUUGUUUGGAAGAAUGGGCUGCAAGAUAUUAUCCUUCAUACAGCUGACUUCGGUUGGAGUGUCGGUCUUUACUUUGACUGUCCUCAGUGCUGAUAGGUACAGAGCUAUUGUGAAGCCACUGGAACUGCAGACAUCAGAUGCUGUUUUGAAGACAUGUGGCAAGGCUGCUUGUGUCUGGAUUAUCUCCAUGCUACUUGCUGCCCCUGAGGCAGUGUUUUCGGAUUUGUAUGAAUUUAGUAGCCCUGACAAAAAUACAUCCUUUAAAGCUUGCGCCCCUUAUCCUGUUUCUGAAAAGCUAAUGCAAGAGACACAUUCCCUGAUGUGCUUCUUAGUGUUCUAUAUUGUUCCCUUGUCUAUAAUCUCAGCAUAUUACAUACUCAUUGCAAAAACUCUAUACAAAAGUACAUUCAACAUGCCCGCUGAGGAACACACCCAUGCUCGUAAACAGAUUGAAUCUCGAAAAAGAGUGGCAAAAACUGUGCUUGUGUUGGUGGCCCUCUUUGCAUUUUGCUGGCUUCCUAACCACAUUCUCUACUUGUACCGAUCCUUUACGUAUCACUCAGCAGUGAAUUCGUCCAUGCUUCACCUGUCAGCCACAAUUUUUGCAAGGAUUUUGGCUUUUAGCAAUUCCUGUGUCAACCCCUUUGCACUUUAUUGGCUUAGCAGAAGCUUUAGGCAGCAUUUUAAAAAACAGGUUUACUGCUGCCCAGAGCAGCCUCUCCAGUCACAACCAAGCCCAACUCACAGCAGUACAACAACUGGCAUUGCAGCUACUAAGGGAAAUAUGCAGAUGUCUGAAAUUAGCUUCACUUUACUGAGUGGCUAUGAAAUAAAGAAAGAAAGUGACAGCAUUAGUCUAAAUGAUAGCAGAUAACUCAUCAUAUCAAAUGUGUUAACUCUUUCUUUCCUGGAAGUAGUAGUUGAGUUUUAUAAAAAAAAAGAGAAAAUACCCACAUUAGCUAAUAAGAUAAUACCUAGAUUAAAGGAGAAGGAAAGGUACAAUCACUGGGGGGGGGAUGCCAAAAUAUUAGGCGCGCCCCCCCAGUGAUUGUAAUCGCUUAUCUAAUACCCUGGUUUGGUGAAAGCUGCACCAGUCCAGGAUAGCUGCGAGCGAGUGUCUCCUCUUCCUUCUUCUGUCUUUGCACUGAUUGUGCAUGUGCAGUAGAGUGAAAAGCCGAACUUUAACAAAACAUCCAGCUAUUUCACUCUACUGUGCCUGUGCCAGCCCCGGGAUUCCAAAGAUAGACGAGUGAAGAAAGAGGAUCGCUUGUUCACAGCUACCUCGAGCUGGUGCUCCUGUAAGGGUAAGAGAUUACAAUUACAGUGGGGUGCAUAACAUUUUGGCACCC